ACGACCAGCGCAGCCGCAAGGGACUCGAAUCCGCAAGGCGACAAGGGAUCUCCACGAGCGCGGCGAGAGUCGCCGGCGAUGUUGAAGACGAAGACCCCGCGGUCGCGCGGCGGCAAGGCGCGCCGCGCCCCUGCCUCGGCGGCGAAGGCGAAGGCCACGGCAGCCGAGGGUAGCUCGCCGUCCGGGGAGCUCUCGCUGCAGCUGGAGCACGUCUCCCUCAUCUCCUUCCUCUCCAACUGCCACGGGACCGGCCCCAAGCCUUUCGAGGCGCUCCUGGAGGAGGAGAGCUCCCGGGACGACCCGACCCCGCCUCCUCCGCUUCCUCAGCUGCAGCUGCAUCCGCAACUGCCGCCGCCGCCGCCGCCGCCGCAGGCCUCGCUCAUGGACGCUGACGAGCCCAUGGAGGAGAAGGAUUGCUGCAUCCUUAGCCAGGAUUUCUUCUGCACCCCGGACUACAUCACGCCGGAGAUGCCGCAGCUGGCCAACGAUUUCGAGGCCAAUAAGGAGAAUAGCCCUUGCCCCAAAUCUCCAGAGAAGUCAGUGAAUGCUCGGAGCAAGAGGUACAGGAGAGAUUGUUCUCCCAAAGGUCUCGAAUCCACCAACUUUUCUUUCGACCAGCAGAUUACUCCAGUCGUCCAGUUUGAUAGUCUAAGUCAAUACGAUUUGGAGGAAGACCAGCUGAUGCAACCUGCAUUGCAAAAGAGGGGUAGUUAUGUCUCCCAGUCGGCAGUGGCUUUGCGCUGCCGGGUGACGCCUCCACCAUGCAUCAAGAAUCCGUACCUGAAUACGGAUCCCCUAAUAGAUGAUGAUGUUUACGGCCGGAGGCAAUGCAAAUCAUCAGGGUUUUCUCCUUCAAUUGGUGGCAAUGGUCUUUCACGCUACAGAACUGAUUUCCAUGAAAUUGAGAAAAUUGGUCAUGGCAACUUCAGUGUUGUGUUCAAAGUUCUGAACAGGAUAGAUGGGUGCUUGUAUGCAGUAAAACGGAGCAUCAAGCAAUUGCAUAAUGACAGGGAAAGGAGACAAGCAGUGAAGGAAGUCCAAGCUUUGGCAGCCUUAGGUUGUCAUGAGAACAUAGUUGGAUAUUUCACCUCUUGGUUUGAGAAUGAGCAACUUCAUAUUCAGAUGGAGCUGUGUGAUCUCUGCCUAUCUAUGAAUAGAAACCAGCCGCUGAAGUGUGGGGAAGCCCUGGAACUGAUGUAUCAGGUUUGCAAAGGGUUGGAUUUCAUCCAUGAACGUGGCAUAGCACAUGUUGAUGUGAAGCCCGAUAACAUCUAUGUCAGAAAUGGUGUUUAUAAAAUCGGAGAUUUUGGUUGUGCUACACUUAUUGAUCGGAGUUUGGCAAUUGAAGAUGGAGAUUCACGUUAUAUGCCUAUGGAAAUGUUGAAUGAGAAGUACGAGCAUCUUGACAAGGUAGAUAUCUUUUCUCUUGGGGCCUCCAUCUAUGAGCUUAUCAGAGGCACCCCUCUUCCUGAGUCUGGAGCUCAUUUUAUAAGAGAAGGCAAAAUCGCAUUACUUCCAGGAUGCCCAAUGCAGUUUCAGAGUUUAAUUAAGUCCAUGAUGGAUCCUGAUCCGGUGAGGCGGCCUUCUGCAAAAGAGAUUCUGAGGCACCCUAUUUUUGAGAAGCUUCACAAGGCCCCGGCGUAGUAGGUACCAGCAGCAAGAGAGCGGGCACAGCUGUGUCAUUCACUAUGACACUGUCAGCUGCUCCCAAUUUUGUAUAUCUUUUAAGAUAACUCUCUUCGUGGUUCACUACGAAUGAGCAUUCUCCCAGUGAUAGCUAAUAUGUCUUCCCUGAUGUUGUAUAGACAAACCAAGCGAUGAUCCGCUUUUCAAGCCGAGAAUUUGAGGGGUGUUAUGGUUGUGCGUUAAGGGUACUUCAUUUUAGCUAUGUAAAUAAUGGGAGAGUAGCCUCUUGGGCCGUUUAAAUUAAUGGAACCUAUUAGUGGCUGGUGUGAGAGUAAUUUGUUAUGCCGUGCAAAUUGAUGGAUUGGAUUAGUGAUAGGUGUGAUACGUGGAGGCGAAGCUUUAGCGAGAGGUGACUAGCGGAGUGUUUAGCAUUCACUCAAUUUAGGUGGUCUUUCUUAGGGUUGGUUUCUUAGAUAUUAAUUAUGUGUCCAGCUAGAUAAGAAGUUGAUGAGAUAAGCAAUUUAAAGA